AUGAUAGGCCAUCAGUGGUCCAACACCUGGUACUGGUCAAAGAAGCCUGUGGCUCAAAUUACGGGCUCUGAGGCCUUCAGGCUUCAGCCCCCAAAGUCUUCACCACUCCAUGUGCCACUGCCCUCACAGCAACAACAACAACAACAACAACAACAACAACAACAACAACAACAACAACAACAACAACAACAACAACAACAACAACAACAACAACAGCAGCAACAACCGCAACAACUGCAGCACAGGAACGGCAACAUCACCAUCAACACCAGCAUCAACAUCAACGCCAACAGCGACAGGGACAUCGACACCCCACCAUCCCCCAUCCCUUCAUCAAUUGCCAUUGGACCCUGGCUUCAUCGUGGCCAUAACACAACUUCCUAA